CUACUUGCCCCUCCACCCCAUGGCUUCUACUGACCCUGUGUCACUCCAGUCCAAAGUCCAUGCCUGCAGACCAGGCACCAGGAACAGACACUGACACCAGGAUAUCAUUAUCAGAAUUCUCAAUAAUGGACUUGCUCCACAGCUCUGGUGUGAGCAGUACGUUCUACCUGCAGACUCACUACAGCCACAACCAGGACUGUUUCCUGUUAGUCUCCAUGGCAACUGACAUAUACAACACCUUCUUCCUGUUGUUCCCCAUAUGGUUUCAUGUAGAGCAAGCUGAGGCAAUCAAACUGGUUUGGGUGGCAGUAGUGGGAGACUCCCUUAACCUGAUGUUGCUUCUAUUGGGCGAGCGUCCCUAUUGGUGGGUUCAGGAGACAGGUUUCUAUGGGAACUCCUCACAGCCAAUAAUAGAGCAGUUUCCCAUCACUUGUGAAACUGGACCAGGAAGUCCAUCUGGUCAUGCUAUGGCUGCAGCAGUCUACUACACCAUGACAUCAUCACUCCUUGCCACAGUACUGAAGAAGGAAGGACAGGGAAUCAGGAAAUUUCAGAGCAAUAACAUGGGUGUGUCUUUUCUUCAGGUGUGUGUCUCAUUGUGGAUGCUGUUUUGGUGUGUGCAGGUGUCCGUGUGUCUCUCCCGAGUCUUUGUUGCUGCUCACUUCCCACAUGAAGUCAUUAUUGGAGUUAUCAUAGGUAUUCUAGUGGCAGAAUCCCUCAGCUGGACCCGGCAGAUAUUCAACGCCUACCUGUGUUCUUUCUUCCUCACCUCUCUGCUCCUCCUCUCCCUGGCUCUCCUCAUGUACGUGUGCCUCUGGCUGGUAGGUGUCAGCCUCCUCUGGAGUGUGGAGAAAGCGCAGCGCUGGUGUCGCCGAGCAGAGUGGGUCAGCAUGGACACUAGUCCUUUGGCCAGCUUGUUUAGAAACAGUGGGACUCUGUUGGGCCUUGGUCUCGGGCUCCAUUCCCCUCUGCAUGCACACUCCAAUAUAAUAUUGGUUAGCAGGAGAGGUGAGGACGCCAUCUACAGGUUUAUCUGUUUAAGUGCAACACUGAUGUUGCUGCAGUUCCUUGACUCUGCUUUUCAGCUUCCUGCCCACAGUGGAGCUCUGUUCUAUCUGCUGUCAUUCUGUAAAAGUGCCACUGUACCUCUGGCUACUGUGGCUAUUGUUCCUUGCUGUGUAACUGCCGUGCUGGGGUACAAGGGAGAGAAGCUGCUAUGAAGCAAGUGACCAUUCUGAAACCAGCACUGCACUGGAAUGCCAAGUGUGAGCCUUUCAUGUAAGCAUCAUAUAUCAGCCACUAGGGAGAGCUCAGUCAUUUUAUUAUUAGAGAUUUGAGAUUAUAGUAGUCCUGAAAACAAUCAGCCUCUUCCUAGGAGUGAAGGUGCUUUACAUGAACACAUUUUCUGCCAAUGUUUUGGUUAUUUCACAUGAGAUAUUUCUGCAUUUCUGUUUUUAUCUGUGCUCUUCUUAGUAAUUUGAAAUGGUCUCAGCUGGAUAGAGGUGAUGUGGCAUGCUUUAGUGUAUCAGUCAUGAUGUAAUGACAUUUGAAUCCAAAUCUGAUUACAGUCCUGAUGAAGCAGAGUUUUGCAAGUUCAACCAUGAAUGAUACAUAAAGAUGUUUUAAAUCCAAGACUUAAGUCUGAUUGUUGUAGAAAAGGAGAAGAAAAAGUUACAGAUUUAAGAUACGUUAUUUAAUCUGCAGUUUUAAAGUAUGGUCAGUUUUGCAAUGGUAUUUAACAACACUGCUGUUAGAAAUAAGCAUUUAAAAUGGAAAAAUGUAUUAUUAAUAAUUAUUAUUAGUUAACAUGUUGGUGUAUCUCACCAUUUUGGUCCAGGAUGAAAUAUUUCAACUACUGUUGGUUGUACAAAUAUUUUGUGGUGCCCUGGGGACGAAUCCAGCUGAAUCUGGUGAUACAUUGACUUUUCCUCUGGCGCCAGUGGGGGAAGAAAAAUUUCAUUUUUUCCUGUAUCUUUCUCAACCUUUAAUGAAAGGAUUGUCACAAAAUGUUAUAUAAAUAGGUACGGCCCCCAUAGGAUGUAGCUAGCCUAAUGACUAUGAUGAUCCCCUGAUUUUUUCCCCCACUGAAAUAACUCAAUAACUCAACAUACUGAAUGGAGCACCAUGUAAUUUGGUACAAAUUUACUUAUCAGGAAGUAAAUUUCUGCUGUGUUGGUGAUAUUCACACUAGCAUACUAAUGUUAUUCAAAGGUUGCCCCAUCCAAAUACAAUUCCUUCUAUUGAUCCAGCUGAGUGCUCAACUGGAAAAAUAUGUUUUUCAGCAAAGAACAAUAGGAAAAUUCACUCUUUAUUUCAAAGGGAAAUUGCUUCUCUCACUAGUGCUACCAGUUAAUGACACAGUUAGAUACUGUAUGUACAUGGCAUUAACUGGACCAAAGUAUGGUGUCUACCUCAGAAAUACUUUGUGGUAAAUAAAGUGAAAGAUGUGGCAUAUAAGAUAAUGCACAGCUGCUAUCCAAUAGAACAUUUUUAAAAGAAAUUUAGACAUUUUGAAGACUAACUGUUCUUUGUGUGGUAGCCACAUGGAAACUUUGAGCCAUACAUUUUGGAAAGAUGUCUGCAGACUUCUAAUUUGAGAAUUUUGUUUUUGGUGUUCAUGGUCAUGGAGGACAAUUUUUAAUUAACUCAAUUGUGCUUCAAGGCAAAUAUUUUCUACACAACUGCAAAUUUGAAAAAACCAAAACCUGCUUCUUAUCUUUUUGUAAUUACACUGACAUUUGCAUAAAGACUAUCUCCUCUUCUGACAAUGCAAAAGCUUUAUAGACUUGUAUGCUUGUCAAAAAUAUUUGCUUUUUAUUAAAAAUAUGUA